CUUUGACAGAAAUCAUCUGCUGCUAGGUCACAAUAUACAGUGAAGUAUUAUCUCCUGCCUCAGCCGCUGGGCCAUGGUACAUCAGAGUGUAGCAGUUAUGAGUGUAACUCCAUCCACCACCCUGGACAGCCAGCUGACCACAAUCUGGGGCCCAACCAACUCCUAUCCUGAUGAUCCGACAGGGAUGUCUUCUUACACAGGUCGCCUGUGGACUUGUGACUCCCAGCCUCAGUUCUGGAGUAAGUACCAGGUGUGGGAGUGGCUGCAGCAGGUGAUGGACAUGAACCAGAUCAAUACCUCCAGCAUUCCCUUCCAAAACUUUGAUAUGGACGGCCAUCAACUCUGCAACCUGAGCUACCAGGACUUCAUCCAUGCUGCCGGCAGCAUGGGACCCAUUCUCUUCCAAAGCAUCACAGAGCUCAAGUGGAGUGGGCAGUACCAUGUGGAAAUAGGACAACUGGAAGUCAAACCAGAAUUAAACUUCUCCAUUUGUCCAUUUCCAGAUGUCAGCUAUCCACCUGGAGAAAUCUACGAUCCCUUGAUUCACACCCUCGCCCCUGCUGCCUACCCCACCCCUUCCACUCUUGAUAUCAAAAGGUCUUUCAGUCGUCAGGUCAAAAAACACAACCCAAGGGGGACCCACUUGUGGGAGUUCAUCAGGGACAUUCUGCUGAACCCAGAGCGAAACCCAGGGCUGAUCAAGUGGGAGGAUUGGUCAGAGGGGGUUUUCCGCUUCCUUAAGUCAGAGGCGGUGGCACAGUUAUGGGGCAAGAAGAAGAAUAACAGCAGCAUGACAUAUGAGAAACUAAGCCGGGCAAUGAGAUAUUACUACAAAAGAGAAAUCCUAGAGCGAGUAGAUGGACGCAGACUGGUUUAUAAGUUUGGAAGGAAUGCAAGAGGAUGGAGGGAGUCAGACAAGUGA